AGUGAGCUCACGUUCACACAUUGGUAAAGAGGCUGGUCUUGCAAUGCCUUUGAAUAUUUUACUUUUAGGCAGUUCCCCAUCAGUCAGCCACACACAUCCGAGCUGAGCUGAAGCUAACUACAGCCAUGGACAGCACUAGGAGAUCUGAAAUCUAAUCGCAUGCAUCAUACCUCCAGGAUAUUUUUUUAAAUUACAUAUAUAAACACGCUGACAGGCAGCCGCGCUCGCACACACACAUAUACAUCCACACGUCGGCAGAGCCGCCAGCACCCGCACGGCCGCUGAGCAAACACCUUGUCUCUUCUCGCAGGAUAUACCCGCUCACACACAUCUCUCUUUAUCUCCUCCUGGCUUCCCGGAGGAUCGUGCCGGCUGUUUUUCAUGGAGAAAGUCCAGGGAGAAAUGGAGAUUGAGAGAUGGGAAAGAAGUGAAGAGAUUUCAGACGCAGAAAAAAAGGUUAUUCAAGAGACAUGGAGCAGAGUAUAUGCAAACUGCGAGGACGUUGGGGUCUCCAUACUCAUCAGGUUUUUUGUCAACUUCCCCUCGGCCAAGCAGUACUUCAGCCAGUUCAAGCACAUGGAGGACCCGUUGGAGAUGGAGAGGAGCUUGCAACUGCGUAAGCACGCUCGGCGGGUCAUGGGUGCCAUUAACACUGUGGUGGAGAACCUCAAUGACUCCGAAAAGGUCUCCUCCGUUCUGGCCCUGGUGGGCAAGGCUCAUGCCCUCAAGCACAAAGUGGAGCCCAUCUACUUUAAGAAACUCACUGGUGUCAUGCUGGAGGUCAUUGCUGAAGAAUACGCCAACGACUUCACCCCGGAGGCACACGGUGCCUGGACCAAGAUGAAGACCCUCAUCUACACCCAUGUGACGGCGGCGUACAAGGAGGUGGGCUGGGCGCAGUACCCCACCGCCACCCUGUGAGCGGCCAGCAGGGCCAGGCGAGGGGCAGGGAGGGCUUCGCUCACCCCAGGACUUCACUCUGGUCUCUUCUCAAGAUCUUCGCUCAGUCUGGGGAGCCCGGUAGGGCCAGCUGUGUUAGCUGCCAAGUCACAAUUUGAUCUCCAUGGGGUUUAAAAACAAACUAAAUAAGCCAAAAAAAAAAAAAAAAAAAUAGAACCAUGAAGGGUGUGGGUGGGUCGGGGUGAAGCAGUUGUAGGGGACGCUGGAAGGGGAUGCAGAGUGUGAGGGGAGAGCAUUGGUUGUUGGCUCCAUCUUACUGUCCUGGCCUGUCCAUCACCACCUCCCAAAGUCCUGCACCUCGCUUGCGCCAACUCCAAGUCCCUUGCACAAGCUCUGUUGCACAGCAGUGACGUGCAGCCCCGUCCGCUGAUGAACGACACGACCCUUGUUUUCCAUGCAAAAGCCCCCCAGGUCAACCUGGCUCGUUGCUUUUGGGGGUGCAAUGCUUACAGGGACCGCUGGCUGCCUGGCUGGCACCAAAACCGCUUUGCUUUGCACUUUCUGUACCCACCUGGCAGGGUGGCAGGGCUGAUGGCUGUAGCCUCACCCUGGGCUGGCAGCAGCCCUCGCCUCUCCCAUCACCCAGAGUCUCUCUCCUUGGCUGGAUGCUGCAAACCCUCCUGGGGCUGGUGGGAGCGAGGGGGUGGGAGAGACAUCUUCCCCCAGCGUUAGAAGGCGGGGAAGGAGAGGGAUGCUUUUGGGCUGCUUCCCCUCGUGGCUUGGAGCGCGGCGUGUAGGUGGGAUCCCUGUGCCAGAUUCAGGCUGCUGGUGAGCCCACCCACCUCCCCUCAGCUCCCGUGGGCAGCAGGGAUGUGCUGAGGCUGGGCUUGGGUGGCACACCUUGUGCCGUUGUCCUGGGAGCUGACGUGUGUAGGUUCUCCCCGCUCGGUGAGAAGAGGGGUUCAAGCUGGGAUCAGGAGCGGGAAGGAUGAAGUGGAUGUAGCAGGAGGGAUUCCUGGGUGAGAAGAAAAGUCCCUGCUCUGUUAAAAUUCAUAAAUCACUUGUUGCAUAGAGCCUAUUCCUGCCCCCUUGGUGAAACUGGGUUCCUUCAAAUAAAGUGCCUGGUAGAAAUCCACCCACGCAGGAGCUGUGUCCCUCCUCGGGGCCGGCAGUGCUCCUGCCUGUGCCUGGCAAUGCCCCCACUCAUCCUGCCUCCAACACUGACUCCUCCUGAAACUGUGGGCGAGUCUGCUUGGCUUCUGCCUCAGUUUGCCCCUUCGGUUACAAAAAAAAAGGGAGGAGGAGCAGCCCUGUUGCCUCCUGCACGCACGUGCUUUGAUUUAUAGGAUGCUCUUGGGACUGAUCAGCAAAGGAUUAGGGAUGAAGCAUCAGGUGUUUUAGGAAGCUUUGGCGUCCUUUUCACCCAGUAUUUCCCAAAAUGUCUCUAAUUUUAGAGCUCUAGCAUUAAGGACAAUGUUACCUAUUGAAGUGUGCAUGGCGGGGUUCCCUUCUGAGAUUUCCUCUGGCCUCACUUCACUACUGCCCUGGAGAGCUGGCAGCUUUCUGCGAGAGACCAGCUCCUCUCCUGGAUGUUGGCUUGGGAUCCCUGUGGCUGCCUUGGGGACAUCCCCCCCGCUGUGGGGACACUGCUGGAGGGGGCAGCAGUAACUCUCCCCGGGACUGACCUCCCUCCUCUGGAGCAGCCAGCCAGAAACUCCUGCUUUGGUCUACUGCAGCCAGUUCAUAUGUGCUUUUAAUCAUCCCCAGGGAAUAGUGUUUUGGGGUUGGUUUUUUUUGGUUGGUUGGUUGGUUGGUUUUUUUCCCCCUGUUUCUGGUGUUUUGCUCCUGUGCCAAUGGGGGCUCCUCUGUCCCCCAGCCCUGGCACUGCUGGGGGGGUGACAAGCACCGGGUCUGGCGUCCUGGCUCUGGGCAAAGGGAAUUUGGGGAGGGCUCUAAACCUCUUGGCUGCCUUCCCCAGUGCCCCCUCACCUUCCUGCAGAGCCCUAGGACUGGGGUUAGUCCCGAAAUAAUCCCAGGACUCCACUAAUGCCGCUACAGCCGCUCUGUCUGGCCUUGCAGUUCUUCCCUCCCUGUGUCCCACAGUAAAAUGGGUGGAGAGGGGUGAUGGAGCUGGGAGUGAUGGCACGUCCUGGGCAGACACAGGGGCUUGGGUGGAAAUAACUGCUCGGGGCACGGCUGUCCUUGGCAUGGCAGCGUGUGAGGUCAAGGAGUUUAUAAAAGGAAGGGACAGGCUCAGGGUGACAAGUGAUGCCGCUUCACUGGUGGGGCGGGCUGUUGUUUAGAGCCAACACCCCCGAAAUUCAGCCCAACAGCCUGCACCCGUGAGGUGCCAGAGGCUGAUACCUCCGGCUCAUGUCCGAACGUCAAAGCUGCUCAUCCCUUGCGUGGCUGGCGGAGGCACCCUUCAAACAGCAGCCCCUGGCUGGGGUCAGGAUUAGGCCCAUGCAGAUGGGAUGAGACCUGUUCAGUCACUGCCAUUGCGCCAGUGCAAGACUGGAGAGCGAUUGCUUGGAGCAAGGCUGUUAGAUAUUUUUUUUGGGUGCAUCACAGGACUCUCAUGAACACAGCUCCAGCAACUUCUGCCAAAACCUCCGGGCCAGCAGCGCAUAUUUUUAAUGAGUUCAUGUACUCCCCGUGCUCUGUGGAUGUUGGGCCAGGGAUGUUUCUGUACAGGGAGGUUUCAUCUUCGAAGUUCACACAUUAACCUUUGAGGUUAAUAUAUUCCAGGUGGGAAUUUUAUUUUUGCAAACCAAACCCUUCCUCUCCCUUCCCACAACCAAAACUGGGCUCAGUCAUGGCCAGCAGGAAAGUGAUUUUGGGGUGGCUGGAAAGUCCCUGUGUUCAUGCCCAACGCACCCGAGUGCCUUGGUUUCGGGGGGAGCAGCAGUGAGGUGUCCCCCCACCUUUGAACAGGCCUAGGUUUCUUCUUUGGUUUUGUUGUUGUUUUUUUUUUUCAUCCCUAGAAAAAACUGACCCAUGACCUUGUGCGCCCACGUGUGUGUGUGCUGGGCUUGGGUAAUUUUCCAGGCACAUUUUUCUAAAGCAAAUCCAGAUGCGUGCAGCUGCUGUCCCUUGAGGAGCCCCCCCAUCAGCCAAAUUACAGGCCAGUCAAAUAUAUGCAAACAAAAACAUGUUUAUUUUUACCAGCUCUGUAGGAAGUAAAAUGAAGCAGAGAGGGCGGCCAGGGCAGAGCUCGCAAGGGGGAGAGACAGAGAUAAAGCGAACACCCCCUCUUCGCCACCCGCAGCAGAGGAGGCAUUGCUUAAAUCAGGGAAAAAUCUCAUCUGGGGAGAGAUGAAAAUGAAGAGAAAAAGGAAAAAAUACCAUUCCGGAGUGACAGGGCUGAUAAAUGCAGUGCGGAAGAGCAGAAAGGGAGGCCGAGUCCUGGCUCUGAGCGUGGCUCUCCGGCACACACGCCUGCACAGCUGCUCCCUGUUACUUCCAGCCCCACUGUGACCCCCCCAGAACCCCCCUGCAGCCGGCUAGGGACCCCCUGAUGCCCCCUUCCCUUUGGGCCCUGCUCACUGAGGCUCCACAUUUCCUUUCCCAGCACACUGGGGCUGAGAUAUGGGCGCUGCCCACCCGCUCUUUGGGCUUGGCUUUGCUCUCCUUGGUGGUGGCAGGUAGGGACUGACUUAGUUGCCCCCCCAAAAUUCACAAGUGAGAAGCUGGGGGCUCAGGGCUUGGUGCUGGUACAUGCUGGGGACCAGCUGGUCCCUCCCCUGCCUUGGGGGGAACCCCCACGUCCCCCAGCCCCAUUUGCCUUCCCAAGGGAUGCUGCCAGACUGCUCCCACUUGCUCUGCUCCUCUCGGAUGCCCAUGCCAUUGCAGCUGCCCCCAUGCAGGCCAGCCGAGCUCAGCUCAGAGCUGCCGCCCCUCUAACCAGGGCAGGAUGAGGCCCCUGGCUCAGCACCUCUGCAUUAGCAUCAGGGCUGGGCUUGGUCCUGGGACCCGGGUGGGAAAGUCUUUGUGCCCCCUGCCAGCAGCAGAUGAAUGCCAAGUUUGGGGGGGAGGGGGGGGGGAGUUGUUUGGUGUUCUGGUGGCAGGGUGUCCUUCCCCCCAAGCACCUCAUCCUGGCUCUCUCUGGGGACACCCGCUCCUAUCAACCGGCUUGUGUCCCCCCACCCCAAGUUCAACACUGCCUUUGGUCAGAGGGAACUCAGCGCUGGGGGGAAUGAGAAGUGUUGGGCUGGGAUGGACACAGGUCCCGUCCACCCUGUUCCCCCCCCACCGUGGCCAACGCUCAAGGCAGGUAUAGCUCCACAUACACCCGGCCAGCUAGAGAGACACCCCAAUGCCACCAGAGCUGAUCAGACAAGGAACCCUUAAGGACCUUGUGCCACCACCCUCAUCAUCUCUUACGGCGAGACAAAUCCCCAAGGCAGCCAAGCUGCAGGCUCUCCCGGGGGAAUCCUCUUGCAUCUCUGCCAGUUUGCUCCAGUUUGUCCCAGUAAAGGGGAUCCCAGCGUCUCCCCGCUCUCUGGGGAGGUGCCCAGUGACUUCAGAGGGGACCAGAUUUUUGGCUGGCUGGACUCUGGUGCCAGGGCUCAGCCGUCCCUGCCCCUUGCCGUGGGGAAGCCGCCCUGGUGCCCUGAUGUCAGUGCGGUGACUGCUCGGGGCCAGCACCAGCGAUGCCAGGCAGAUGGGUGGAAGGGAAACCCGUGAGCUAAACUUGGACCAACUUACAGAAAGGGAGGGAUAAAACUACCCGCCUGGGUCUGACCUGUUUAACAGACUGCGACGCUAAUUAUUUUCCGUAGCUGAAGUUGUCUCUAAUUGUUAGUAUGUCUUAACCAGUCCCACCGUGACCCACAGACAUGAGCUGGCGUGGUCUGAUGUAACUCCGUGUCUUUCCUGUUACUGCUGCAGAUACUGUUCAUGUACGUGUUUCUCGGCGCUUCCAUGCUGGUUUUAUACAUGCCGUUUCGUGUACGAUGGGUGUAACUUGUUUUUCUUUUUGUAGGUUUUUAGUAUGUUUGUAACCGGACAGAAUGGUGUUAUUAAACUGAAACUUGUAUCUUCAGUGGAUAAAUCAAUCAAACCCCUCCAA